UAUGCAGCCCUGAGCCAUAUGUGGGGGGAUGUCCAAGAAUCCGCACCUCCGCUCCGGGCCAUGAACUACAACUACGCCGACUUGAAGGACGGCAUCUCCCUCGGCCGUCUGCCGCGGAACUUUGCCGACGCCGUGGAGACGUGUAGGCGGCUGGGCAUAGAGUACAUCUGGAUCGAUUCGCUCUGCAUCAUCCAGGACAGCGAGGAAGAUUGGAAACGGGAGGCGGCAACGAUGCACAUGGUGUACAAAAAUGCCUUUAUCACCAUUGCUGCGACUUGGGCGACCUCCUCUCACGACGGCUUCCUCGCGAGGAACCUCGACGUCAUCCCGGCCGUCAAGAUCGAGUAUGCGGUGAAUACAGCUUCCGGCGAGAGCGGCCAGGCUUAUGACGACGUUCCGUCCGGGUUCCUCGUCGUUACCCCCGUCCACGACGACGGGGUGGGGCUGCGACGCGGCGAUGUCGACUGCUCCAAAUGGAACACCCGAGGCUGGGUCAUGCAGGAGCGGAGCCUCUCGACAAGGACGAUACAUUUCUGUAAGAACAAGAUCUAUUUUGAAUGCAGGAAAUGGCUUAAGUCCGAGGAGAACGAACCGGAGCAGGUAAGGCCGUCGGACCCGUUCCAACUGUGGCCGCGGUCUCUCGCCGACAAUGACCCUGCCAAGUGGUACGAAUUCUGGAAGCGAGCCGUCAUCGGCUACAGCCGGAGAAGACUGACGGUCCCGUCGGACAAGCUCACAGCCAUCCAAAGCUUGGCCAACGAAAUGGCCGCUCACGUCCCUGCCGGCAGCUAUAUCCCCGAGGCGGGAACGUGGAGUGGCAACAUGGAGAGAGAGCUCCUGUGGCUUGUCGAGAGCGGCAUCGCCCGGCGGCCGGCGACAAAGCGCGCCCCUACCUGGUCGUGGGCGUCGCUCGAU